AUGACCUCUCCCUACCAUGUCCUGAUAGGCCGAGGUGAUCUGCCCGCCAGCGACCUCGACGAGGCGCUGCGGCAUGGCUCAUCGGAGGAUCUGCACCUGAGCUUCAGCGUAAGGGCGGUCGGUGCCCCCAUCAUGGGCGACGAGUUCUGCAAUAGGGAGGGAGAGGUCAUUGGCCAGGCUGUCGUCUGCAUGUCGGCCUGCAUGGACGAGAAGAUCAUGCCAUCGAGAUUCCUCCCAGACUGGGGCCAUGGAGACGCUGGCGCCGAGAGCCUGCCGAAGCUGGGCCCAGCCGCCGCCAGGCCCAACGGCAUGGGGAGGCAGACGUGA